GUGGGUUCCCACUCUUACCAGCACCCACAGAAGGGGACAGAUUGAGGAGCUAGCUGCCAGGCCUGGUGACCACACACAGAGUAUCCUGCCGCCUGCGUCCUCAUGAUUAGUGACAAGAGCCCCCCGAGGCUGAGCAGGCCCAGUUAUGGCUCCAUAUCCAGCCUGCCUGGCCCAGCACCUCAGCCAGCGCCUUGCCGGGAGACCUACCUGAGUGAGAAGAUCCCCAUUCCCAGCACAGACCAGGGUACAUUCAGCCUGAGGAAGCUGUGGGCGUUCACGGGGCCUGGUUUCCUCAUGAGCAUCGCUUUCCUUGACCCGGGGAACAUUGAGUCGGACCUUCAAGCUGGCGCUGUGGCUGGGUUCAAACUCCUCUGGGUGCUGCUCUGGGCCACUGUGCUAGGUUUGCUGUGCCAGCGGCUGGCUGCCCGGCUGGGCGUGGUGACAGGCAAAGACUUGGGUGAAAUCUGCCAUCUCUACUACCCUAAGGUGCCCCGCAUCCUCCUCUGGCUGACCAUUGAGCUGGCCAUUGUGGGCUCAGAUAUGCAGGAAGUCAUCGGGACGGCUAUCUCCUUCAAUCUGCUCUCCUCUGGACGCAUCCCACUGUGGGGCGGCGUACUGAUCACCAUUGUGGACACCUUCUUCUUCCUCUUCUUGGAUAACUAUGGUUUGCGCAAGCUGGAAGCUUUCUUUGGGCUCCUCAUUACCAUAAUGGCUUUGACCUUUGGCUAUGAGUAUGUGGUAGCGCAUCCUUCUCAGGGAGCCGUUCUUAAGGGCCUGGUGCUGCCCACCUGUCCGGGCUGUGGGCAGCCCGAGCUGCUGCAGGCAGUGGGCAUCGUUGGUGCCAUCAUCAUGCCCCAUAACAUCUACCUGCACUCAGCCUUGGUCAAGUCUAGAGAAGUUGACAGAACCCGCCGGGUGGAUGUUCGAGAAGCCAACAUGUACUUCCUGAUUGAGGCCACCAUCGCCCUAUCAGUGUCCUUCAUCAUCAACCUCUUCGUCAUGGCUGUUUUUGGUCAGGCCUUCUACCAGCAAACUAAUGAGGAAGCGUUCAACAUCUGUGCUAACAGCAGCCUCCAGAACUAUGCUAAGAUCUUCCCCAGGGACAAUAACACUGUGUCAGUGGAUAUUUAUCAAGGAGGUGUGAUCCUAGGCUGUCUCUUUGGCCCUGCGGCCCUCUACAUCUGGGCAGUAGGUCUCCUGGCAGCGGGGCAGAGUUCUACUAUGACCGGCACCUAUGCAGGACAGUUCGUGAUGGAGGGUUUCCUUAAGCUGCGGUGGUCCCGCUUCGCUCGGGUCCUUCUCACUCGAUCUUGCGCCAUCCUGCCCACUGUGUUGGUGGCUGUCUUCCGAGACCUGAAGGACCUGUCCGGCCUCAACGAUCUACUCAAUGUUCUGCAGAGUCUACUGCUGCCCUUCGCUGUGCUGCCCAUUUUGACUUUCACCAGCAUGCCAGCUGUCAUGCAGGAGUUUGCCAAUGGCCGGUUGAGCAAAGCCAUCACUUCCUGCAUCAUGGCGCUGGUCUGCGCCAUCAACCUGUACUUCGUGAUCAGCUACCUGCCCAGCCUCCCGCACCCUGCCUACUUUGGCCUUGUGGCUCUGCUCGCGAUAGGUUACUUGGGCCUGACUGCUUAUCUGGCCUGGACCUGUUGCAUCGCCCACGGAGCCACCUUCCUGACCCACAGCUCCCACAAGCACUUCUUAUAUGGGCUCCCUAACGAGGAGCAGGGAGGCGUGCAGGGUUCCGGGUGACCGCGCCAUCCAGCAAGCAAAGAGGCAACACAAUGGACACAGCAGAGCAAUUGGAGGUCCCUACUGGCUUUCUGGAUUGCGGGUUUCCAGUUUGGACAAGUGCUUUACCUCAGAAUAAUGACACCACUCUUAUCACCACAACCUAAGAGACUUAAAAAACACAGUGCCUGGGGCGAGAGAUGGCUCAGGUGUGAAGAACACUAGCCACCCUUUCAGAAGACCGGGAUUCAAUUCCCAGCAUCAACGCGGUGGCUUUCAACUGAGGGUGACUCCAGUUCCCAGACCACCUCAAACAGAACCGCCACAACUCCAUCGUCUCACUCCAGCUGGUGGAAGAUGAAGGGAGGAGUCCUAAAGAGUUCUAGGUCAGGUCUGGAGAGCUGGCUCAGCUGUUAAGAGCACUGACUGCUCUUCCAGAGGUCCUGAGUUCAAUUCCCAGCAACCACAUGGUGGCUCACAACCAUCCGUAAUGGGAUCCGAUGCCCUCUUCUGGAGUGUCUGAAGACAACAACAGUGUCCUCACAUAUAUAAAAUAAAUAAAUCUUAAAAAAAAAAAA